AUGAACGAAACUUUGGGGAGAUUCCUAUGGAGGCGGCUGGCCGUUAUGGUGAUAGGAAAUUUGUUGCAUGAUGAUGGCAAAGGUCAUUUGUGUACAAGUUGUGGGCCUUCUUGUUUUGAUGCCUACUUCCAGGAUGAUGGUGCUCAUUCAGUGCGAUAUGCACCAUGGAGCAGCAAUAGUGGAUUCUACUAUCUUCGGCACAAUGACAGAACACAAUACUUCCUAAACUCUUUGUUGAUGCAAGGUGAUUUGAUUUUGAAAACAGAUUCUCACCAACAAGCCUUGGUUGCUGUCCUUUCCGAACACGCCAAUCUGUAUGGCCUCCGAGUGAAAGUGCUGAGUCGUGAUGAAGACGAAUUUCCUGGCGGGUAUCAUUUCCAUCAAAAGACCGGCAAGUACAUGAGGGCAUACUUCAAAGGCCACAAUAAACCAUAUCUGAUGCACAUGAGUUGGACCAAGAAUAAGGACAACAAACUUCUUUUCUUCAAACAAAUGGGUGAAUGGUAUCUUAACGAACAAUGUGUCAAUAGAAAACCAGGUGAAAUUGACAUUUCCAAGGGCAGCGACUUUGUCAGUACAUGUUGUUCCAAGACAGCUCUGUUUUCAUGUCAUUAUCGUGACAAGCCGAGCAUUAAAUCAUGCAAGGACAGUCCACCUAUUGAUAAGGGUGGCAAGUCCUUUUGGUAG